AUGUCGUUAAUCCAGUCCAACCCUAGUAGUCCAAGGAGGCAUGAUCUACAUGCCAACGUACAAACUCAGAGCGGUCGAAGAGGUACCGGAACAGGAGGAGUUUUAGGCGCCACUUCACCUAACAAAAUCAACCUGGAAACAUUACCAUUCCAUUCAGUUAAACUCAAACCAGUUUUGUCACCUUUGAAACCAAAAAGACCAGCACCAUCUCAACAGCCUUCACCCACCCCCAUUGGAAAAAAUUCCAGUCCAGUGAAACCAAUCACCAACACCAAUAACAAUACCGGCACCACCUCUGUGAAUGUCAAGACUACUACUACUACCACAACAGCCAAACAAGACCAGAGACAUGUCAAUUCAUCCCCUGAUAAAAAUGCGUUGCAGUUUCAACAACGAAGGGAUACCCUCGUGAGCCAAUACAACGCCAAACAAGAGCAAAUUAAACACUACCAACAAAAACUAAGCCAUAAGCAAUUACAACUUCUUGAAAUAGAAUCUCAACUACAACAACUCAAUGCUUCGCAUCUACUCCAAACAUCAUCACGAAAUCACAGCAAGACGCAACUUGAUAUAUACAAACAAGCAUCAAUUGAAACCGAACGACAGUUGGCGGCAGCAAGAAAUAGUAACAGCCCAUUGAAAAUGAUAGACUUGAACAAGACGCCAAGUCCUUUGAAGAACCUCACACCUUUGAAACAUGCAUUGCUCAGUCAAACUUCAUUCAUCACUUCUGCUAUUGAUGAAUGUCGCACUACGAUGGGCACCAUGGGUAAGAAGGCAUCAAUGAUGUUCAAUAAUGGGUCUAGUGACGGUGUAACUGAUGACAGAAACGUCUUUAUGAAGCCCCAAUUCAACUCCGAUAAAUUUGAAUCCUUGACUAGACAAACGAGUCAGUUUUUUGAUAAUUUGCUAUCGGUUAGAGAUAAGAGAGUGACAAACACAUUUGAAGAGGAAGAGCAAGGUACCAAACACACACAUGACUCCUUUGACAUUGACAAUCUAGAAACUGAUUUGGUUUAUGAACAAGUUGACAUCGAUGAUUACGAUUCCUCCUUUGAUUAG